CACGACGCCGCAUUGCGCGCUAGAUGGUCGACGGUGGAAAUAGAUCAAGUGGUGACAUGAGGGGCUUAUUGGUAUUGGUUGUUUUUGGCGUGAGCUGCCGGUGGGCUAACGCGGGUUUAGCACCAUACAUCACGCCAUGCCACGCGUCGGAUUCCGAAUGCCUCAAGACAAGUGCACAGAAGGCGGUGCCGUUCUUGGCUCCAGGUAUACCCGAACUAGGGAUGAAGUCACUCGACCCAAUGCACAUUGAACUGGUGCGAGCUGACCAGGCAGGAUUGAAGGUCGAGUUUCGAAAAACUGUCGUUAAGGGCCUGCGGAAUUGUGUUAUUCUAUCCAUGAAACGUCAUGGCAAGAAACAGUCCAUAGAACUGAAGUGCUCGGUGGUGCUGGUGGGAGACUACACGAUCGGCGGACGGCUCCUCAUUCUGCCGGUUGAGGGUGAGGGCAAGUACAGGAUCAAGAUCCGUGAUCUAAUAGUGACUGUCAAGUACGAUGUGGGCGAAAAGAUCAUGGAUGGGGAUGUAUAUUGGACGCUACCGAAGUGGACGCAUUCCACCGAACUUCAGGGUGGUGCCGAAUUCCAGUUCCAGAACCUUUUCAAUGGAAAUAAACAGCUCUCUGAUGCAGUGCACCAGUUCGCCAACCAGAACUGGAAAGAUAUCUUCCAAGAAGUGGCGCCACCGAUUGUCAGAGAAAUCGUCACGGCCAUCGUCCUGGAAGUUUCGAAGUUCUUCACCAAAGUGCCUUUAAAGGAACUCGCGUUGGAUUAAACAAUUGUGUUAGACGCGUUAUGGACAUUGUAGAAAUAGAGCAAAAUUUGGCAACGUGUGGAUAUACAAGAAUUUGGUAUGUCGAAGUUGCCGAUAGUUUAUAGAAUGGGGAGAUUGAUAGAAUAGUAAUAUUUUGUUAAACAAAAAUGCCAGAUUGCUUUUACCAUGUUAUAUUUUUAGAUUUGCCAUAAUUAAGUUAAAUAAA